AUGCGGAAUUGGAAUCAGGAGGCCCUCGAUUAUCUUCGCGAGGAGAUCAAGGCAACUACUGCGGAUGCUGAAGCCAGAAUCAACAAGGCCGCCGAGUCCGUCACAACACUGAAGGACAUGAUCCAGGCUAAGCAGGUGGAGUUGAUUCAGAGGAGAAAGGAGGUGUCUCGCCUGUAUCAUGAUGCAGAAUCCGUGGAGCUGGAAAAUCAGAAGCUUCAAGUCCAGCUUACCAGAGCGUCUCUGCAUGUGGGAGGCCAGAACCAACAUGACGGCGAAGAGGCCGAGCAGCUUCGACGUGAGGCGGAGGAUUUCCACACACAGAAAGAGGCCCUGCUUCUGAUUUUACGAGACUUCUACGGCGCCAUGGGAGAGGAGCCACCCACACUGUCGGCCAUUGUCAGCAAGCACCAGCUGCGGACCAAACAGCUUGAGCCCGACGGCGACAAGGUCGUGCUAGUAAGCAGCUCAUGGCCAUCCGCACCACUGCUGAUGUCGCUGUCCCGAAGGAUCGGUGUUCAAUGCCGACGGCGAGGGGCUGUGCUCCUGGCUGCCGCUCUGUGCUUUGAAGCAGUGCGCCGGCUCGCUUUCAGCGUGCCCCUCGGUUCAGGUCCUGCAGCCUUGGAGCAAGGUUCCAUAGGACAGACUGCUUCCGCACAUCUCUUGCCACGGCAGCAGCCCCAGGUCCGAUCUGCUGCACUUCCAGAGGCUCUCUCAAGCGUGCAGGACCUCAUUCAGCAGGUCCCGGACCAAGUCGCCGCGCUCGGUCCUGCCGGGAUCUUCUACUUCUUUGGCAUUUAUGUGGUAGCAGAAUGUCUGGCGUUGCCAGCCGCUCCCCUCACACUGUCUUCUGGAUACCUUUUUGGUUUGCCCGUGGGUGCGGUAACAUCUGUUCUGGCAGGGACUGGCUGCUUGCUUUACGACAACAUCAGGGGCAUGGAGUUCCACUCAAGUUUCGAUGGGAGUAUGUUUUGCAGGACGACGGCAGCAGCGAUUGGAUUUUUGCUAUCUCGGACCUUCCUCAGGCCCCAGAUUCAGCAAAUGGCGGAGGAGAACGAGACUUUCCGAGACAUCAACAAGGCAUCCGGAAAGUUUGACUUGCGCGACCCAGAGGUCGAAUCUGUAGACUUCGGCCCAGAAUUCGUAAUGAAUUGCUUCUUCUUCCUUUUUCUGAGAGGCGGUGGAGCCGGCCUCCAAGUCGCAGUUGCGGCACUUCAAGACUUGUCUGCGUGGUCAUCAUGA